AAUACUGUCAUAGGAGAUGCUAAAUCCCAGAGCCUGGGCUUUUCUUUGUUGAAGGUGGUUUCCCUGGCUUCUCCAUGCACUUUUUACAAUCACGGAAUCCUGGAUUUUAAACCAAAAGGGAGUUUUAAGAGGUCCUCUGGUCCAGUGCCCUGGCAUAAUGAUGGCUGUUUUGAAGAGGAGACUGUUUUAGGUUGUCCUUCUUUUGCCGUAUGUGUUCUAUUCGGGUGCAGUAAGCCCUUUUCCUCCUGGGUGAGGUGUGAGCUCCAGGGGCGCACAGGUGCGUCCGCCGGCAGAGGCAUGGAACAGGACUAGAUGGUGGUGCUCCUCCUCGGGAGCAAGGCUGGGUCUCUGUCAUCUCGUCCCCAACGGCAACCCUGCAGGCUCGGAGGGUCUGUGAGGAUCCCAUUCCACUGCCUCUCCCCAGCUCCCUGAGAAAGCAAGAGAGGCACUUGCUUCUCAGGACUGGGCCCAGGGGAAUGCCGCUGCCAGGACACAGUGUUUUCUUCCUUCAAAGGCAAACCUCCUUCUAACCCAUCUCUUUGGGAAAAACAAAAACCAAAACAAAUGGAAAGAACCUCCCCUGGACUUUCUCUUGGCCCUGGAGCUUCACCGAAUGUGGGCGCCAAGGAGAACCUCCGGGAGCAGAAAUGUUCCCCAUCUUCCUGGCAGCCAGGCCAGAAGGCAUGGGCUUUGGGGUGGGGGAGGGAGGUUAGGAGGGAACGGAGGGGAAAUGUGGGCCUCAGUGAAAAGCUGCCCCGACUCUGCCCUCAGUGGCUAGAAUUAAACCCAGGAGCUUUUCAUCACCUCAGUAACUGGUCUUUUAUGGGGGCUGGGACGUUUCUCAAUAACCUUUACACCACUAGGAUGCCAAAAGUGAAACUUGGGGAAACAUAAUGAAGUGCCUUAGAGAGGAUUGUGUAUGAUUUACCGGAUCCAAAACCAGAGUGCUCUUUGUGGAAAGAAAGCGACUUGUGUCCUCCCCAACAUCACAUACACACUUUCCUGGCAGGACCGAUGGGUUUCCAAGCAUUUCGUCACCGUCUCCUUCUGACCUUGGUGUGAAAGGAACGGGCCGCGUGGCCUGUUGGUUCCAGCAAAGCCAUCGGGGGCGCCGGCCUGGGCUGAGGGAGGAGGGCGACCCACUCGGCAGUGGAGGUGAGGUCUGCUGGAAAUCCCCAGCCCGGCCAGCCGCCCGAGGUUUAAAGACGCCUUCUCCGGCCUUAUUUGGUCGCAGGAAGUGGGCGGCGCCAGGCCUGCUGGCGGUGCGGCCGACCCGAGACAGUUGUGCUGAUGGAGUGGUGGAGCUGGUUCCUGCUCGCCGCCGUGCCGCGCGCGCCGGCCGGCCGCUGGGCGCUCCGCGCUCCCAGCCCGGAGUUGUGCAAUCCUUUGUAGCACGCCAGAGUCCUCCUCCUGCGCUGUUGCCUCUCACCCUCUCUCUCUCUCUCUCUCUCUCUCUCUCUCUCUCUCUUUUUUUUUUUUCAAGCUGUGAGCUCAACCGAUGAGUCAGAGCAGUGCAAUCCUGACACUGCAUCGCAGGACUGGGGGUGACACGGAGGGAGGGAGAACGAUCGCGAGGCAGACACCGCGGGCGCGGGGUGCGCCGAGGCUCCUGCGCCGCAAGCGUGGGGUGACAGCCCGCGCGUCCCGCCCGGGCCCCGCCAGCAAACUUCCCAGCCUUGGGAGGCGCGGGCUGGCGGAAGCCCUGCGAGCGCGGCGGGGAGGCGGAGGCGCCUGUUUGUUUUUAAAAUCCGGGAGUGCGUGCAGGCGGCUGGAACCUGGGAGGCGACCGAAGGCGGCGGCCCGCGGCGGAAGGGGGACGGCCGAUGCUGGAGCUCGGGCAGGAGCGGGGCUCCAGGGCCCUGUGGAACAUCAUGAACUGGGCAGAGUAGCCGAGCCCAAGAACCUCUCCGCCAAGCGCAAGGAAGAGCCGACCUGCUAUCUCCCCGUGCCUGGCCUCAUCCCUCUCCCGCUCUGCCCCCACUGGCUCCCGGACAAGAGCUGGUCUUCCAGCAGGACCUUCCCACAGGGGAUGGGCAACUGGUGAAGUAGGGCUCACUGCCAGGGGCCCGGUUGGCCACACCAUGAACCUCCAGGCCCAGCCCAAGGCUCAGAACAAGCGGAAGCGUUGCCUCUUUGGGGACCAGGAACCAGCUCCCAAGGAGCAGCCCCCACCCCUGCAGGCCCCACAGCAGCCCCCUGCCCCUCCACAGUCCACCAGAGUGAAGGAGGAGCCUUACUUCGGGCACGAGGGCCUGGCAGGGGCGGCCCCGGUCUCCCAGCCUGUGGAGCUGCCCCCUCCCAACAGCCUGGCCCUGCUGAACUCCGUGGUGUAUGGUCCCGAGCGGACCACGGCGGCCAUGCUGUCCCAGCAGGUGGGCUCGGUCAAGUGGCCCAACUCCGUGAUGGCUCCCGGGCGGGGCCCCGAGCGCGGAGGCGGCGGGGGCGUCAGCGACAGCGGCUGGCAGCAGCAGCCGGGCCAGCCUCCGCCCCCCACGACGUGGAACCGCCACAGCCUGCCUCUCUACAGUGGACCCAAGGGGAGCCCCCACCCCGGCAUGGGGGUCUCUACGUACUACAGCCACCCCGAGGCGCUGAAGCGGGACAAAGGAGCGGGGCCGCAGCUGGACCGCUACGGAAAUGCCGUGCGGCCGAUGAUGCCGCAGAAGGUGCAGCUGGAGGUCGGGCGGCCCCAGGCGCCCCUGAACUCUUUCCAUGUGGCCAAGAAGCCCCCAAACCAGACCCUGCCCCUGCAACCCUUCCAGCUGGCGUUCGGCCACCAGGUGAACCGGCAGGUCUUCCGGCAGGGCCCACCGCCCCCCAACCCGGUGGCGGCUUUCCCGCCGCAGAAGCAGCAGCAGCAGCAGCCGCCGGCGCCACAGGCCGCUCUCCCGCAGAUGCCGCUCUUCGAGAACUUCUAUCCCAUGCAGCAGCCCCCCUCGCAGCAGCCCCAGGACUUUGGGCUGCAGCCGGCCGGGCCGCUGGGGCAGUCGCACCUGGCUCACCACAGCAUGGCGCCCUACCCCUUUCCCCCCAACCCUGACAUGAACCCAGAACUGCGCAAGGCCCUCCUGCAGGAGUCAGCCCCACAGCCUGUGCUACCUCAGUCCCAGAUCGCCUUCCCCCGGCGCUCCCGCCGCCUCUCGAAGGAGGGCGUCCUGCCUCCCGCCCCCCUGGAUGUGGCUGGCACCCAGCCUGGACAGGAGCCCACCAGCAACCUGUUCCUGCAUCACUGGCCCCCACAGCAGCCGCCGCCUGGGCCCCUGGGGCAGCCGCAUCCUGAAGCUCUAGGAUUCCCGCUGGAGCUGAGGGAGUCGCAGCUGCUGUCCGACGGGGAGAGACUGGCACCCAACGGUCGGGAGCGAGAGGCUCCCGCCAUGGGCAGUGAGGAGGGCGUGCGGGCCGUGGGCACGGGGGACUGUGGGCAGGUGCUACGGGGUGGGGUGAUCCAGAGCACUCGACGGAGGCGCCGGGCGUCGCAGGAGGCCAAUUUGCUGACCUUGGCCCAGAAGGCAGUGGAGCUGGCCUCACUGCAGAACGCAAAGGAUGCCAGUGGCUCUGAGGAGAAGCGGAAAAGUGUGUUGGCUUCAACUACCAAGUGUGGGGUGGAGUUUUCUGAGCCUUCCUUAGCUGCCAAGCGAGCACGAGAGGACAGCGGGAUGGUACCUCUCAUCAUCCCAGUAUCUGUGCCUGUGCGGACUAUGGACCCAACUGAGGCGGCCCAGGCUGGAGGUGUUGACGAGGACGGGAAGGGCCCUGAACAGAACCCCGCGGAACACAAGCCGUCCGUCAUCGUCACCCGCAGGCGGUCCGCCCGUCUCCCGGGGGCUGAUGCCCCAGCUCAGGCUGAGGACAUGAAUGUCAAGCUGGAAGGGGACACUUCAGUGCGGAAACCAAAGCAGCGGCCACGGCCUGAGCCCCUGAUCAUCCCCACCAAGGCGGGCACCUUCAUUGCCCCUCCCGUCUACUCCAACAUCACCCCAUACCAGAGCCACCUGCGCUCUCCUGUCCGCCUCGCCGACCACCCCUCUGAGCGGAGCUUUGAGCUGCCCCCCUACACGCCUCCCCCCAUCCUCAGCCCUGUGCGGGAGGGCUCCGGCCUCUAUUUCAAUGCCAUCAUGUCAACCAGCAGCAUCCCAGCCCCUCCUCCCAUCACGCCAAAGAGUGCCCAUCGCACCCUGCUCCGGUCUAAUAGCGCUGAAGUCACCCCACCUGUCCUCUCUGUGAUGGGGGAGGCCACCCCAGUGAGCAUCGAGCCACGGAUCAAUGUGGGCUCCCGGUUCCAAGCGGAAAUCCCCUCGAUGAGGGAUCGCGCCCUGGCAGCUGCCGACCCCCACAAGGCUGACUUGGUGUGGCAGCCGUGGGAGAACCUCGAGAGCAGCCGGGAGAAGCAGAGGCAAGUGGAAGACUUGUUGACUGCCGCCUGUUCCAGUAUUUUCCCUGGUGCUGGCACCAACCAGGAGCUGGCACUGCAUUGUCUGCACGAGUCCAGGGGAGACAUCCUGGAAACGCUGAAUAAGCUGCUACUGAAGAAGCCCCUGCGGCCCCAUAACCACCCGCUGGCGACGUAUCACUACACAGGCUCUGACCAGUGGAAGAUGGCAGAGAGGAAGCUGUUCAACAAGGGCAUUGCUAUCUACAAGAAGGACUUCUUCCUGGUGCAGAAGCUGAUCCAGACCAAGACGGUGGCCCAGUGCGUGGAGUUCUAUUACACCUACAAGAAGCAGGUGAAAAUUGGCCGCAAUGGGACGCUAACCUUCGGGGAUGUGGAUAUAAGUGAUGAGAAGUCGGCCCAGGAAGAGGUUGAAGUGGAUAUUAAGACUUCCCAGAAGUUCCCUAGGGUGCCUCCUCCCAGAAGAGAGUCUCCAGGUGAAGAGAGGCUGGAGCCCAAGAGGGAAGGAAAAGAGACCAGGAAGGAGGGGGAGGAGGAGGUGCCAGAGACCCCGGAGAAGGGAGAGCAGGAGGAGGGGCGAGAGCGAAGCCGGAGGGCGGCGGCUGUCAAAGCCACACAGACACUACAGGCCAAUGAGUCGGCCAAUGACGUCCUCAUCCUCCGGAGCCAUGAAUCCAAUGCCCCUGGGUCUGCUGGUGGCCAGGCCUCAGAGAAGCCAAGGGAGGGCGCCGGGAAGUCACGGAGGGCACUACCUUUUUCAGAGAAGAAGAAAAAACCGGAGACAUUUAACAAGACCCAAAAUCAGGAGAACACUUUCCCUUGUAAAAAAUGUGGCAGGGUGUUCUACAAGGUGAAGAGCCGCAGCGCCCACAUGAAGAGCCACGCUGAGCAGGAGAAGAAGGCCGCCGCGCUGAGGCAGAAGGAGAAGGAAGCGGCGGCUGCUGCGGCCACCGCAGCCGCCAACUCUCCCCACCAGCCGGCCCUGCGCGAGGAGAGUGGCGCGGGGGAGCGGGGCUGACGGCCCGGGGUGGGGGGGCCCGGCCGAGAGGGCGCCCCGCGGCUGGCCCGAGCCCCUGCAGCCCCCGCGGGCCGCCGGAGGGAGCGACGGCGCGGACUCUGCUCUGCAGAACCAGACAAUAAAAUAAACGGCUCUGGUAGUUAUCAAAGGCCCAGGAGCAGUCUUCAGGGCUGCAGGAUCCAGUUCUCUUGCAUUCGGGGUCAGAAGUCCUCACGCUCUGCUGGAACCGCGGAACAGCGAAGGUCCCUGCCGGCUGGGGCUGCCCCUCGGGAGGGCUGUCGCCGCCACCCACGCCGGGAUGUCUGCCACCCCGUUCCUCUUUGUGUGUCCCCGCCACCACACCCCCACCACCCCUUCGGUCGUGGAGAGCCAGGCAGGAUGGUUCCCCUCCCCGAGGACGUCAGAGGCGGCACAGGUCCUGCCCCCAAGCCCCCGGCCAAAGGGACUCCCCUGGAGGGAGUGUGGCGGGCCUCUCUGAGAGGGAGCUCAGCCUGGUACCCGUGCUGUCCCCUGUAUGACAAUGGCCAGGCCUACGCUGCUCCAGUGACCCAGUCCUCAGGCCACCUCCUCUGGGAGGAGAGCUGCCGGAAUGCCUAGAGGUCAGAGGACAGGUGCCUGUCCCUUUGCUGCUGGCCCAAAGCUUGCUGGGGCUCAACAGUUUCUCGAAUAGGGGUGGGGUGGGGGUGGGGCAGCGUUCCUCUCCGGAGCCGCCCAGAGGGGCUAGGAAGGGUGCAGAGAGUGGAAGCUGCUGGGCUGGGCUGGAGGGAACUCUGAGGUAGACCUUGACUCUUCCUGCUUCCCACCUUUUUGCCAAACACCUUUGGGCCCUGGAGGCUGCAAAGGGAGCUUAUCCGGGGCCCAGCCUGCUCCCCCUUGGUGCGAGUUCCUUCCCUGCCUUUUUCCUGCCCUUGGCAGCUCCCCUCUAUCCCCAUCCCCUCUGGUCUAGUGCAGCCCCCAGUCCUGCAUGCUGGAGAUUUCUGGAUCCUUCCCUGGGAGGGCGAGGUCUCCUAACCAGAUUGGACAGGAGCCUUCAUUCCUUGACUUGUGUCAUUUGGGAGCUAUUUAUUUAUUCGUAAUAUUUAAUUUUUAACAUCCUCUCAGGGACCAGGGGCCUCCUGCUUUACGGAGGCCCAAGUGCAUUUAUCCCAAAACAAGGCACCUUCUUGGCAUCCACCCCACCCCCCAUUCCUAAGACCCUAAGGUCCCUCACCUCAUUGCUCUGGAAGCUCUUGCCUUUAGGAGUGAUAGUAGCACUGAAAGAGGGUAGAAAGGUGUAAGGUGUCACCAAAGCCACACACAGACUAGCAGAAGCAAGGGAGCUCAAAGGCAGUUCUUAAUUGCUACCUCUUCUCUGGCGGUAUUUUCAAGUUGCCUGAGGGGAUUGGCUGGAAGCCAGGAUUCUGGCCUUGUUUCUGGCUUGACUGAAGCCAUAUUUGGCAUGGAGUCACUGAAGUGAAGGGUUGGAAGUUUCUAAGGGCCCCAGCACUUGCCAGUCCUGUAGGAGGGCUGAGUUACUUUUCUGUCUUGUUAUUCAGCCUUAGUUGUGUUAAAAGCUACAAGUGAAUGCAAAUAUAUGACAGGUCAGCAGGUUAGGAAGGAGCUAAAAAUUCUGCCACUCUCCUUAUGAGAUAGCCAAAAGGCGCCUUGUCUGAUAGGGAGUGGGGAGGGAGUUUCUUUCUAAACUAUGCACUAACAGGUGUUUCUCAGCAUUCAUUUAUGCAUUAAUAUGGUUCUUCAGGACCCCAGUGAUGGGAGUAACAAAAUUCUUCUCCCUGCCAGACUCCAGGAAGCUACCUACAUCUUCAAGUUCCCAGUUAAUUUCCCCCAAAGGCUUCUUCAUGGUCCCAAGACUGCAAAAAUCUGGUAUACCCUCCGGAAACAGGAGGGUGGCAAAUUUAGGCUGUCUUCUCAAUCACUUGUAUAAUAAGAGUGCCUUCGCAGCUUUGCCCCAAAGUGCUACUUAUGUUUCCCGAGGUUUUUUCUAUUUCGGUAGUAUUUAGUUUCAGGCCCCUCUGUAGACACAUGGUAAGAGGAAACCUCCUUCGUUUAGAGUAAUUCUCCUAUUCUAAGCUCAUAGAAACCAGACUGGGUAAAUGUUGGUGGAGAAAAUCAAGCUGGUACCUCUGUAUGUAUUCCACCAGACACUGUAUUUUAGAAGGGCUCAUGCUCCAUGGUGGAGUCAUAUCUAGAAUAUUUGGUGAAAGUUAAAACAUGUAGCGGGCAGAUGCCAUUGUUCCAAGUGACUUGCGAACAAAGUAGGUGCAGCCAUAGGAGUUGGGACAGGUAUAUCCUUUAUGGUGCUUUUUCCCUGUGAACACAAUUAGCUCGUCUUUUGUUCAUUCUUUUUCUUACUGUCUUCUGUUCAGAGCUGUUUGCUUUAAGAAGUUAAAUGA